AUGUCUGACGCAGAAACCCCCAAUAAGCCCGUCAUCGCGCAAUGGAUCCUCGACACCCGAUCCUGGUAUCCCGAAGUGACCCAAACCAAGCAGCUCGAAACCCACGCCGCGCGCGCCUUCGCUCUCCUCCCUCCCACCUCCCGCGCGCCCAUCCUCCGCUACCACCACGCGCGCGACGCCAAGAUGGCGCUGGCCUCCGCCCUGCUCAAGCACUACGCCGUGGCCCGGCUGAUGUCAACGGAUACGGCAGCAUCAGCGACAAAAGCAGCAGCGUGGUCGGCGACGCUGGCGACGCCCUUCACGCGCGACGCGCGCACCAAGCCCGUCUGGCUCGACCCGGCCUCGGGCGCGCAGCCCGUCGCGUUCAAUGUGUCGCACCAGGCUGGGGUGGUGGCGAUUGUGGCGGUGGCGGGGUAUCGAGCGGUCGUGGGGGAUGGGGGAGAUGGGAGUGAUGAUGGGGUUGGGGAUGGGGUUGGGGUGGAGGUCGGGGUGGAUGUGGUGUGCACGUCGGAGCGGCGCGCCCGCGACCAUGCCAUGCUGGCGGGGGAAGGGUGGCCGGCGUUUGUGGAUAUGCAUGCGGAUGUGUUUGCGCCGGGCGAGGUGGCCUACUUGAAGCACCGCGUGCUGGAGGCCGUGCCGGGGUUGGCGGCGGCGGCGGGCGCGGCGACGGUGGAGCGGGUCAGUGAUGCGAAGCUGCGCGCCUUCUACACGUUGUGGGCGCUGCGUGAAGCUUAUGUUAAGCUAACUGGCGAGGCGCUACUGGCGGAGUGGCUGAAGGACUUGGAGUUCCGGGGAUUUCGGCCGCCGGCGCCCACGGCCGGGUGGGAUGUGCCUGGGAGGGAGGAGGAGGGGGAGGUGGUGAGGGACAUUGAGAUAUGGUUCAAGAAGAGGCGGGUCGAGGACGUGAAUAUGUGUCUGAGGUCGAUGGGGGAGGACUACAUGAUUGCUACGGCCGUGAGGACGCCGGGGAGGAAGGAGGAUGGGCUGGGGUGGGAGUUGGGGCCGUACGAAGUGUUGUCAUUAGAUCAGGUUCUGGACUUUGCGGAGGGUAGUGGAUGA